GAACUUCUUGACUGUAUGCUGUCUGUUGUGAGGGAAAGGAUCAUCAGUGAAGUUCAAAGCAGCGAUUUUCUAUCGAUCCAAGCAGAUGAAACCACGGACAUUAGCACACAAGCCCAACUUGUGCUUGUGCUUCGCUACAUCAACGAUAAGAAUCUGGUGGAAAGAUUCUUUGAGUUCAUCCCUCUGCAGUCGGCUACAGCAGAGACCAUUGCCGAUGCUUUAAAAGAACGCCUUGCUGCCAUCCUCCCAGGUGAGCAGAAAAGUAAACUCAUCUGCCAGGCAUAUGACGGUGCUAGUGUAAUGAGGGGUGCCACUUCAGGAGUUCAGAAGAGAAUCCGGGAUGACUACCCAACAGCCCACUAUAUCCACUGCUAUGCCCAUCAGCUCAAUCUUAUCAUGCAACAGGCUACCUCCCACGUAGUCAAAGUCAAAAACUUUUUUUCCGACCUGGGUGGAUUUUCUGCGUUUUUUUCAAGAUCCCCCAAGCGGACCAGUGUGCUUGAUGAGGUAGUGGCCCAUAGACUACCAACAGCCAGCACUGUGAGAUGGAACUUUCACAGCCGUGCCGUCAAUACUGUGUUUGAGCAAAGAGAACACCUCGUUGAAUGCUUUGAAAGAAUUCGAGCAUCAGGUGGCUUUGAUGACAAGACCAGCCAAGAAGCAGGAGGCUACAUCAGGCUACUGGAGGAUCCUCAGUUCAACUUCUUCCUGCAACUGUUUCAUAAAAUAAUGCCACACGUGGACGUCCUCUAUGCCAAGCUCCAGAAGAGAGACAUAGAUUCAGUCCAUAUAGAAAGAUGCAUCCAGCAGUUCCAAGAGGACAUACAAAAAAUCAGAGAUUCUCUCCAUGCAAUGGUGGUGGAGCAAAGCAGUGGCUCUCAGCAGCCGAGGAAGCGCCGGGCUGUGUCGGAAGAUGAGCUUAGAAGGAUUGCUGCUGAGGUAUGUGACACCAUACUUGGACACACCAAGGAACGCUUUGCCUUCAAAGACCACCUCAUCAGUGCCACCUUACUGCAGGGCAACCAGUUUGAAUGCUACCUCAAGGUAUUCCCUGAAGUUGCUUUGGCCACCACAUUGAAGGCCUAUCCAAUUCUGGAUGGAGGCAAGCCAGUGAGCCAGAGCCAGAGACAGAGCUUGGCCUAA